AGCUUCUUCUGUUUUUAAAAGUUCCCGAAACGUCAUCUUUUCUCUUCACGUGUUUUUUUGCCUGGUGUCAAUGCGUAUUCGUCAUCUAUAUCCUGACGUAGCAGCGGAAGUUUUUCAUUUUUUCUCGGUAACAGCUUCAUGUGACAGGCUUUGAUGGUAGCUCUCCUUUAGGCUAGUAGCGGUGUUUCUCAGUGUUUCUCCUUGUUUCCCGGGGUCGUGGUUAUGUGAGUUGCACAGUCCUGUCUCCAUGACGGACUGAAUUAAGGAAGGGCUAUCUCGCGUUCAUGCAGAGCAGGAAGCCCUUGGUUCUUCCUUGGUCACAGGUUCAGCUUCAGGCUCGCGGUUUUGUCUUCAACACUCGAGCUCUAUAAAUUUGAAUGUGUUAACAACAUUGAAAGCAGUUCUGUAAUCUGUGGAAGGAGAACGGCUGAUUCUGCUGGCGGGGGUCGAGGAAAAAAAAGAGAGCACUGACAUCUGGUGUUGGAAAUAUUUCUUUCCUGACAGAUUUGUUCAGAAAGGGUGUGCUUGGAACUCGUGUAUAGCUUUACCCAAACCCGUUAUUUAAACGUUGUUUUGUCCCAGUUUGAUUUAGAAAGGAAACGAAUGUGGAAAGUUCCUUUUUUUUUUUUUUUUCUGAGUAAAAGAAGAGAUUGUCGCUGGUUUCGGGGGGAAUGCAGUAGUCAGGCUAGAUGACUUCGUUUAUGGGUCCUGGCUGGCAGUUCGCUCUAUUUUGCUCUUCGUGAUCUUUAUUUCGUAGACUAGUGAGAGUGCUGGAAGACUUCUGUUUCAGAGAUUGUUAUUCUUCUAUCCUCUUUGCACAAAGAUGAUGGGGGUUUUAGUAGAAGUCAGGUAUAUCGUGAACAGCAGAUUUUUGCCAUUCUCUUUACUGGGAUAAAUAUCUGAGAUACGAAGGGAUCACAUAUUAGGGAGAUUGGCGAGAGGAGGGUUUACGCCCUUGAAUCAAGCCCAUUUGCACAUUGAUUAGUGGUCAGCCGUGUUUCAAGUGUUGUACUUUUGCUCUACGGUUCCAUGAUUGUUUUCUUGAGCACAUAACAUAUCAACGUCAUUAAGAAAUACCUAGAUGAUUAGUUUACUAAAGAGCUUCAGUGCUUCACACAUUGAUUUUAGAACAAAAAAGGAAAGCUGCAAUGAUUUGUAAUCAAAUGUAAACCUGUACAAAAUGAGGAACUACUAGGCAUCUCUUGGGAAAGGAUGUCAAAUAUUUCAAGUCCUGAAAGUUUACCUUGAGAGUUUCAGCUGCAUCUUUUUUGUACUUAUAACUGAAUCCUGUGACAAUUAGCUCCCUAACUUCAAGAAGUAUGCAAUUGAUCGUGUCACACUUGUGUUAAUGACCCUGAUAUCUCUGUUCUUCGGGAUAUGUUAUCUUCCCGUUUUCUCUCUGACAGUCUGUUGUUGGAGGUGCUUUUGAACAAAAGGAUAAGAUUAAAAUAAGAUACAGGGUGAUACACGAAAAUUGUGUUUUAAUUUACAUAUAAUGGCAUUAGUAAGUGCUGAGUUUCCAGCGCGUUUAAAGAACCCCACCCACGGAAUGCCUCUGCCUUCCUCCCGAUGCUGAUACCCUGGAGGAUGAAAGCAGAGAUGGGCUGGAGAAAUGCGGAGGCAGGAGAUCGGCGCUGGACGAAAAGCGACAUCUCGGUGGCGACCGUGCCCUGUAUGGAGCAAGGCAGGGCGGGCAGCGCUGGGCAGCGCUCGGUGCCUGCAGUGCCGGUAGGAGGCUGCGGGCGCCGCUGUUGACCGAGAGGAGCGACAGGAAGCUCGGAGCGCUACCGGCAGCCCCGCCCGCUGCGGAUCGGAUCACUCGGACGCUCGCUCCCUGCCCGAACCUGCGGUCCCCGAUAAUCCCGUGGGUGCUGGUCCAUUCUGGAGCCAGGCGGAGGCACCGGUGGCUGUGCACGGUGCAGGAGCUGAGAGCAUUGAGUGGCAGCGGGAUUGGAUCGGCGGUGCUGCGGUGCCGGCGGUUCCGCGGCCGAGAUGUGCGCGGCGGGGAGGCGCUGGGGCCGGCGGCAGCGAGCUCUGCUCUGGGCCGUGCUGCUGGCGGCGUGGGAGGCGGCGUGGGGGCAGCUGCGCUACUCGGUGCCCGAGGAGAUGCCCAAGGGCUCCUUCGUGGGCGACGUGGCCAAGGACCUGGGGCUGCAGCUGCCGGAGAUCCGAGACCGCGGUGUCCGCAUUGUCUCUGAAGGUCGGACGCAGUAUUUCGCUUUGCACGGGAAGACGGGACAUUUAGUGACGGCGGAGAGAAUCGACAGAGAGCAGCUGUGUCGGCUGGUGGAGAAAUGCGUGCUGCGCUGUGAGCUGAUAGUGGAGGGAGAGAUGCAGGUUUAUGGUAUCGAAGUUGAAAUCACGGACAUUAAUGACAACGCGCCCAGCUUCAAGGAAAUUGAGCUGGAAGAAAGAAUAAGCGAGAUGACAGGCCCGGGGUCGCGGUUUCCCCUGGCCGAGGCUCACGACCCUGACUCGGGUCGGAAUUCCCUGCAGAGCUACGAGCUGAGCGGUGACGAGCACUUCUCGCUGGCCGUGCAGGCGGGCCCCGGCGGCGAUCAGCGUCCCGAGCUGGUGCUGGCGAAGGCGCUGGACCGGGAGGAGGCGGCGUUUCACGAGCUGCUGCUGAGGGCGAGCGACGGCGGCGAUCCGGCACGGACGGGCACGGCUCGGAUCCGCGUGACGGUGCUGGACGCGAACGACAACGCGCCCGUGUUCAGCCAGGCGGAGUACACGGUGCGUGUGCCCGAGGACGUGCCCGUGGGCUCUGUCCUAGUCACUGUCACGGCUACGGACGCCGACGAGGGGGCGAACGGACACGUGAAAUACUCGUUGAAAAAAGUGUCGGACAUGGCAUCGAAUAUCUUCCAUCUGGACUCUGGAAGUGGAGCGAUCACUCUGUUGCAAAGCCUGGACUUCGAGGAAGGUGACUCCUACGAACUUGAGGUGCAAGCACGGGACGGAGGAGGCCUUUUCGACACUGCCAAAGUCACGAUCUCUGUGACAGAUAAAAACGAUAAUGCCCCGGUGAUUUCGGUAAGGUCGGCACUAAGUGAGAUUUCUGAGGACGCCCCUUCGGGGACGACGGUCGCCCUGCUGCACGUACAUGAUCAAGACUCGGGGCCAACGGCGAGGUGCGCUGCUCGCUCGAUGGGGACGUCCCAUUCCGGCUGGAGAAGUCCUAUCAAGACUACUACCGUGUGGUGACAGCGAGAGAGCUGGACCGGGAGCAGGUGUCGGAGUACAACGUGACGGUGCGGGCGGCCGACGGCGGGUCGCCGGCGCUGCAGAGCAGCGCGGUGCUGGCGCUGCGGGUGCUGGACGUGAACGACAACGCGCCGCUGUUCU